GCUGCGCGGGCGGCGGAGCGAGCCCAGCUGCGGCGGCCGGAGGGGCCCGCAUGGACUAGCGCCUUGCUUGCAGUCAAGACAGGCCCCGAGGGGGGGCCGGAGAGAAGAACGCCCGCCCAUCCCCCUAUUCCCCUCCCCGCCAAAAUCCCCGGGUGUAAAUAGUCAAGGGCGUUUAAAGGACCAUUGUGUGCUUCUCCGCGAGUCGCUCGCCUCCCGUCCGUCCCUCCUCCGUUUUUUUGCUCCGUUUCUUUUCUUUUUAAUUUCUUCUUCCCCUUUUUAAAAUCCGCCCCUUUCCUUCCCCCCCUCCCCUUUCUCCGCCGCGUUCUUUUCCUUUUCUAUAUUCUUCUUUUCCUUACUCCGCUCCGUUUUUCUAUUUUUUCCUGUUCCUCCCCUCCCCCAAAUUCCGUUUUUAAACCCGGUAUUUUCCGUUUUCCUCCAUUUCUUUUCCCCCUCCCCCAAGAAGAGAAGCUGUAUUUAUAGAGAGAGAGGCCCCCCCCCAGCAACAAAUUCUUCCGGCUCUCCUCCCUCCCAUCCGAACGGCCCCCCCUUUUGUGUGCGCCACCGCAGCUGGGGGGUCCAACUCGCCAUCGAUCGGGAAGGCAAAGCGACCCCCCCUCCCGGGACCAAUCCGUUCCGACCCGCCCCUCCCGGGGAGGAGGAGGAAGAAGAAGAAGAAAAGGGGGAGAAGAAGAAGCCGGAUUCUAGAGCCGUCCACGAAGCCGCCGCUGCCCGGCUGGACCCCGGCGCGCCCUAAGCAUGGUCACUCAGAUAAUCAGCACAAUGGAGACCCAAGUGUCCAAUGGCCCUACAAGCAACAGUUCCCUCCCCAAUGGGCCACUGAUCAGUGCCAAUGGUGCCACUGAUGACUCCAAAACUAACCUCAUAGUCAACUACCUUCCCCAGAACAUGACGCAGGAGGAAUUCAAGAGCCUCUUUGGAAGCAUUGGAGAGAUUGAGUCCUGCAAGCUGGUCCGAGACAAAAUCACAGGGCAGAGUUUAGGCUAUGGCUUUGUCAAUUAUGUUGACCCCAAUGAUGCUGACAAAGCAAUCAACACACUGAAUGGGCUCAAACUACAGACAAAAACAAUCAAGGUGUCCUACGCCCGGCCUAGUUCAGCCUCCAUUCGUGAUGCUAACCUCUAUGUGAGUGGCCUGCCUAAGACCAUGAGCCAGAAAGAGAUGGAGCAACUGUUCUCACAGUAUGGGCGCAUCAUCACUUCCCGCAUCCUUGUGGAUCAGGUCACAGGUGUCUCCAGAGGGGUGGGUUUCAUCCGCUUCGAUAAGAGGAUAGAAGCCGAGGAAGCCAUCAAGGGGCUAAAUGGGCAGAAACCACUGGGUGCCAGCGAGCCCAUCACAGUCAAGUUUGCCAACAAUCCCAGCCAGAAGACAGGACAAGCAUUGCUCACACACCUGUACCAAACCACAGCCCGGCGAUACACAGGACCCUUGCAUCACCAAACUCAGCGCUUCAGGCUCGACAAUUUGCUAAACAUGGCAUACGGCGUCAAGAGUCCUCUCUCCUUGAUCUCCAGGUUCUCUCCCAUCACGAUCGACAGCAUGACCAGCCUGGCGGGAGUCAACCUGACGGGGGCCUCCAGUGCUGGUUGGUGCAUCUUUGUAUACAACCUCUCCCCAGAGGCAGACGAAAGUGUCCUGUGGCAGCUCUUUGGGCCCUUUGGGGCAGUCACCAACGUCAAAGUGAUCCGCGACUUCACCACCAACAAGUGCAAGGGCUUUGGCUUUGUCACCAUGACCAACUACGAUGAAGCUGCCAUGGCCAUCGCCAGCCUCAAUGGCUACCGACUGGGUGACCGAAUCCUCCAGGUUUCCUUCAAGACCAGUAAGCAACACAAGGCAUGAGUGAACAAGUGAGCAAGAGAUGGGGGAGGGGGGAGCGACAAGUGUGCUGGUAACAGCCCUCUUCCCCAACUCACCACAAGAACGGAAAUGCUCAUUGACUCAAUGUUGCAGAAUAUCAAACCGCCAGACACCGUGAUCUUCUCUGGGGAGCAGGAGGCUCCUCCCCCUCCUUCUCCCCUGUGCCCGACAGCCCAGAGGGGAGCACAGAUGCGGCAAAAUGUCAGCUACCUUUUGAAAGUCACACCCUGCUCUGGCAACAUGCAGGGUAGACGUCCACUCAGAAUAGGACACCUCUCUGUUUCUAUGCUUGGUGACCCUCCCCAUCCCCUUCGAGUUUUCCUAACAUCCCUACCCAAGUCAGAGGCUUUUCUCAGUUUUGUCCAUACUUCUUUCAUCUUAUUACUUCUGACCCCUGUAUUGCUCCUUUGGUGGGUCAGGUUCCCUAACCCUGGAGGAUAAAAGCCACUUUCUAUAAGGUGUUAUAGAAACCCUCCCUCCAUCCUGAAAGAGUCAGAAUAUUGUGGGUCAAUACAUCCAAUGGAAAAAAAGUUCUGACUUCUAUUCUGAGCACUCUAAAGGGAGGAGGUAUAACUAUCCAGCUCACCACCUUUGUUCUCCUUGGCUGCAAAAAAAAAAAGACAAAUGUGGUGGGAAGGGCCUGCUCUCAUCUCAUCCCUUGGUCUAAAGUGUUAGCAAUAUUGGUUGUUAAUCCCACCAUCUUGCCUGGCCCUUAACUGAAAUGGUUUAGGAUCUGGGAACCCAAUCUCAGAUGUCCUAAAUUAGGGUCUUUCUUGCCUGCUUGCCUGCCUGUCUCCAGAGGAGCCUCAUUCCCUGGGAAAAGCAAAGGCCCGUUUUAUUCAACUCUGUUUUGUAAUUUUGCAAAUCAGGUUUGAUAUGUUACUUACUUCCCUGAAUACUUUGGAUUCAAAUAAAAACACGGGCCAUGGAUAUAUCAAGCAUGGAGGCCAGGGAUUUGGUGCAGAGUCCAUAAUUCCUAGAGUCAAUGGCUUUUAGACAGGCUGCAUGGACUAGCUGGGCAAGCUUCCUUUGGAUCAGAAAAAAGGAUUCGCUCAUUGUUUGAGUGUCAGGUAGUGGUACAGUUACACCUUCUGUUCUGCCUCCUCUCCAAAGUCAAGUUUCUUUCUUUCUUUCUUUCUUUCUUUCUUUCUUUCUUUCUUAAGAAAUGUUUAGCUGGAGAAUUUGCAGGACCAAGCAUGGGGCCAUUGGAAAGAGAGACAGAGGAGGGAGCUAAUCCCAGGGUUGUUUUAGUUGACUUUUUGACAAGUCAAAAAGGUGUUUUUGAUGAAAGGGAAGGUGCUAGAGUGGGGAUGAGCUGAUGAGUGGGGUCUUCCUUUCUCUUUUUUCAAUGUUAGAUUGAACAAGUAACCGAACAAAGGAGAGAAAAAUAGAUUUUAAAAGCUGAACUAGGAAACAAAAAACCAACAAAAAUUUAAAAAGAUUUUAAAAAUCUAUUUUUAUAAAAACGGAAAAGAGACCUUGUUGGGAAUUUUUACUGGGAUUCUUGAACUUCACACACACACACAAUAAAAUCAAAGGGAGAAAAAAAAGAAGCCACUAAGUAUUACUGCUGUGCACUCAUUCAUUCCUAGGGGCCUUUCCAGACAAUAGUAAAAGCAACCCCGCCCCCUUUUUAAUGCAUAGGUUUAGCAAGCCCCAUCCAGUGCCUGAAGCAUGAUCUAGAUAGCUUGUGUAUUGAAGUGGGAUGUGGGGUGGGUGUUGGCCUUGCAACAAGGGAAAUCACAUUGCUGUCACUAGGAGGAGAUAGUCAUGCUACUGCUUCAGUUUAUAGCUGGGAAAGCUCCUCUCCAAAAGCCCAACCUUCCCUUCUUUUCGUCAGUGCCACCCAGGUUUUGAAAAGUGGCCCAGCAGGCCAGGGAGCAAGACUAAGUAUGGCGGCUCAGCUGUGGCACAACACUCCCAUCAGCCUUGUCACGGAGCAUUUGCACAGUUCCACAAGAGCACAGAAUUGCAUGGGUGUAGCUGCACAGUAGAGGCCCAUUGGGAAUGCUAUGCUCUUGUGCAACUGUUGCGCAAAUGCUCUCAUACAAGGCUGAUGGAGCGUUGCGCAGUAGGAGAGCCAUUCUGUUUUGGGUGGGGGAGGGUCACACUGACAGUCAUGGUGUGCUCCAGCCCACCGGUGGCGCCACAGGGAUGCACACGCCAACUGAAGGCACUUAAAAAAAAAUGGAAGUUAAGAAGAAACAGUGUUUACUGGGAUAGGUCUUGGGAGCAGGGGAGAGGUGUGGUUUUUCAUCAGUGAUGUCCCUGGCACUAUCUAGUUGGCCUGCUGUGACAUAUCACCACAUGCCACAAGCACUCCAGACAGCAGUGAGCAAGUCCUGGGACAGAGCAGUAUCUCCCCAACAGAAGCAUUGCAAAAACCACCUUGAGAUUGUUUUAAUGAAAGGUGGCAUAAAAAUCUAACAGCAAACAAACAAAACAUAUAAGCUGGCGUGAGACCACUCAAUACGGAUUGCAGAUAAUUUUAACCAUGCCAGAAAAAAGUCAUUUGCCUGGAAAAGCCCUGAGAGUUGUGCAAGAGUAGGACUUGGUAUCUGAGAUCCCAAAGAUUUUGGAUAAUUCUGUCCCUAUAGGGGCAGGGGAGGAAACAAAUUGUUUUCAGAUUUUUCUUAUUUUUUUCCCUUUUUGGGGUGUGUGUGUGUGUGUAUGUGUGUCUUGUACUUGUUUCUUUUGUUGGUGGGGUGGGGGUGGGGCCAGAAGGGCUGUAAUCACUUGAUUGUAACAAUGGAUUUUUACACCACUAUCCUCCCCCCUCCCCCCACAAUUCUCCUGCCAAAAGAACAAAAAGCAAAGAAACUGGAAACUGAGUUUUCAAAUUUUGUUUUAGAAGACGUGCUUAAUAACUAACAUUCGUUUUAGUCUCAUCCAUUUCCAUAGGUUUUUUUUUCUUAAAGAGUUUCUCUCCCUAUUUAUUUUACUUCCUCUUUCAAAGUUUUAAAACACCAUUGAACCGAAUUAACAUACAGACAUCCCACCCCACUGAAGACUGCCUUUGUAGGGGGACGGAUUUCCACCAAUGGGUUUGCUGCACUAGAAGAGCCUGCUGCUUGGGGAAAGAGACUGGGCCCUUCCACCGCUGAAUGCAUGCAGAAUCCCCUGGGGCAGCCCUUAGGCUGC